UUAAAUCAUUGUUACUCCAUUAACCGGCCGCGCCGAACGUCUAAUUAAUCAAAUCUAAUGACACAGUGAAAACAGCUAAAAUGAAGUGCCUUCUCCUCCUGGCUUCCUUAGCCCUAGUGCGCGGAUACACCAUUAAAGACAAUGAGAUCCAGACUGCUCGAUUGAGCACAAGUGACGAACUAUUAGACAGUGUUAUCAGUGAUUGUUUCGAAGCGGAUUCACCCACGUCGUGUCUCAAAGUGAAAGUUCUCUCUUUCCUGGAUACGAAGCUCGGAGUGUCUUCGGAAUCCGCCAGGGCUUUCGAGGAGAAGAACAUCGAUAAAGUCAUCUUCGAUCGCGUCGGGAGGAUUUUAAACACCAACGAAUUCAGGGUUCAGUUACCAGAGUUCCUGUUCCAAGGAGCUGAAGUCAGCUACAGAGCUGAUAGGGGUCUUGAUGUAGAAUUCCCUGAAGAGAGCAAUGAAAAUGGUGAAGCUCGCGGCAUCUUGAAGAAGAAGCUCUUGCUACCAGUCCUGCUGCUGCUGAAACUGAAGAUGAAAGCGCUGAUGCCGAUCCUUGUCGCGAUCAUUGGUAUCAAGGCUGUGAAGGCCCUGAUCCUUAGCAAGCUCGCAAUAACCCUUGUGGUUGGAUUCCUUGUCUACAACCUGCUGAUGAAGAAAGGAGCUAUGCCAAUGAUGAUGGCACCAACAGAAGCUGCCCCGCCCGCGCCUCAAUAUGGACCCCCUGCCUCCCAAUACGGCACUCCAGCCUCCACUCCUGCUGCCCCAUCAGACUCCUACAGUCCCCAAUGGGAACCCUCCGCCUCCGGCCCCUAUUCUCGAGUUUGGGACCCAUCUCAACUCGCCUACAGCUCAUAUUACUCCGGAGACGCAAGCUCAUCAGCUUCCUCCAAUCAAUCUCCAAGCUAUUCUAGUGUCGCAUCCAUCUCAUCAUCAGUCUCAUCAUCAUCAUCAUCACCCACCUACUGAACUCGAUUUCUUGUAAAUAAGCACCGAUUAUUGUAAAUAGAAUGAAGGCACCCACUGAAGGGUAGAAGUAGUUAUUUAUUGUCGAUAUUUAUUUUUAUUUAUUGAUCACAAUAAAAAAAUGUUGUCUUUGA